UCUCUCUCUCUCUCUCUCUGUGUCUUUCUCCCUGAGUUAUUGCUAGAUGGCAGAGUUGCUUUCCAUGCACAAAGCCAAAUGUCUCAAUCUCUUUCUCAAUUUCUGCUUUCUCUUCCUCAUCUUCUUCCUCACAGCCCAUCUCUAUUCCUCCAAUUCUGAUUUUCUCAACCAUUUCCAAGUCACAAAAUCAAACUUCACAAUCAGUUCUCACCAGAUCCUAGACCCUGAUAUUGGGUGCAAAGAGCUUCACUCCUUAGAUGAUCCCCAAGAGAAAUGCUCAUAUGUGAAAACUCACAGGAAAUGUCAAUCAGGAGGAUACAUAUCCUAUCUCCUGCUCUUUUACUGCACUUUUAACCCACUUAUUGGCUACACUGUUCUUACCCUUUGGCUUGUAAUUCUAUUCUACUUACUGGGUGACACAUCUUCCAAUUACUUUUGUCCUUCAUUGGAGGGUCUGUCAAAGGUUUUGAAGCUCUCACCAACCAUAGCUGGAGCCACUCUUCUCUCUCUAGGAAAUGGUGCACCAGAUAUUUUCUCGAGUAUAGUCUCUUUCAUGGGUGAUGGGACAAAAGAUGUUGGUCUCAAUAGCAUUCUAGGUGGUUCAUUCUUUGUAUCUACCACAGUGGUUGGAAUCAUAAGUAUUGCUGUCAGUAAUGGUGGUUUGUCAAUUAGUAGGUUCAGUUUCAUGAGGGAUCUUCUCUUCUUCCUUCUUUCUCUCUCUUGUCUACUUUUGAUUAUAGUUUUUGGGAAGAUCAAUUUGUGGGGUGCUUUCUCUUUUCUCUCUCUGUACUUCAUAUAUGUAGCCUUAGUUUCUGCAUCACAGAUGUGUAAAAAGGAAGACACAGAAGUGGAAGCCACUGAUGAUUCUUCAAUAUUGCCUGUAAGUAGUAGGAUUGUAGACAAGUUAGAAGGAUCAUCAGAGUUGGGGGCACCUUUGUUGGGAUGUAUUGUUGAUGACAGGUUUGUUUCAGAGCUUCAAGAAGGUCAACUUAGUGCACGAGGCUCCUGCCACAACGAGGUUGGGAGAGAAUCAAAUGUAUGCGGUCUUACUCCUCCUUGCAAAGAGCUUCAAUUAGCUGAAGGAAAAAACAGAGCAAGGUGUUAUAACCUUCAAUCUUUAGCAACUUGCUUUGGGAAAUUUAUAUAUGUUCUAGAGCUACCUCUCGAUUUGCCAAGAAGGUUAACUAUACCUGUAGUUUCUGAGGAGAGAUGGUCUAAGCCAUUUGCAGUUCUGUCAGCUAUAUUUGCUCCUGUUCUGUUGGCCUUCAUUUGGAACUAUGAUGGUCCAAAAUUAAGCUUUAUGAUACAUGCAAUUGGUGGUUCAAUCGGAGUCAUCUCUGGGGUGGUGGUAUAUUUCACCACUGAAAAGUCUAACCCACCAAGGAAGUGUUUGUACCCUUGGCUUGUAGGAGGGUUUCUGAUGAGUAUCAUAUGGACUUAUACUUUAGCCCAAGAAAUGGUUGCUCUAUUGGUUUCACUUGGUCUUAUAUUAGGUGUAAACGCGUCCGUCCUGGGGCUUACUGUCUUAGCUUGGGGGAAUUCUCUUGGGGACUUGGUUGCUAAUGUGACGAUGGCGAAAAAUGGCGGGCCAGCCGGGACCCAGAUUGCGAUUUCUGGGUGCUAUGCAGGUCCUAUUUUCAACAUAGCUGUCGGAUUGGGUUUGUCACUCUCAUUCUCGGCCUGGACUGAAUACCCAUCUUGUUACAUCAUAGAUAAAGAUCCGUUUGUCUAUGAAACUCUGGCGUUCCUGUUAGGUGGCUUGGUAUGGGCCCUUGUUAUCCUACCCAUGAGGAAAAUGAAGCUUGAUAGGGUUUUAGGUGGAGGGCUAUUGGUCAUCUAUUUAUGCUUUCUAUUUUUAAAGAUGGCUAGAACUCUUGGCUUAGGUUAAAUGUCUGAGCCUCCUGUCUCUGUCUCUGUCUCUCUCC